AUGAUAAAUAAACUAAAAUGGAGAUUUAAAACAAUUGCUAUUGUAUUAUUUUUAGUUUUUAUAACAAUAAUCUCAAUGACAAGUUUUGAAUUUUUACAAGAAAUUGUUGAAAUAGAACAAACAUCAAAUACUUUAUUUAAAAAAGAAGAAUCAUCAUUAAUAGGAAAAAAAAAAAAAAAAACUAAAAAUAUAUUUUUAAGAGAACAAGGAAUUAAACCAUUUAAAUCAGAUUGUAAACAUAUUGAUAUUGUUUAUACAUGGGUUAAUGGAUCAGAUCCUGUUAAUAUUGAAAAAUAUAUAAAAUAUGUUGAUUACAAUGAUAGAUUAGAAAGUAUUACAAAAGGUAGAUAUAGAGACUAUGGUAUUUUAAAGUAUUCUUUACGAAGUGUUCGUAAAAAUGCACCAUGGGUUAGAAAAAUUUUCAUAGUAACUGCUGAUCAAAUACCUACAUGGUUCAAUACAUCAACUAUUGAUGAUAAUGUUGAAUUUAUAUUUCAUUCUGAACUUUAUAAAAAUAAAUCACAUUUACCAACAUUUAAUUCAGAUUCAAUUGAAAUUAAUUUAUUUAAUUUACCAAAAAGAGUAUCAAAUUGUUUUUUAUAUUUAAAUGAUGAUAUUUAUUUUAGUAAUCCAGUUUUACCAAGUGAUUUUUAUGAUGAAAAUUUUAAUCCAUAUAUAUUUCAAAGACAACAUAAAAUAUCAAGUGAUUUUGAAAUCUAUGAAAAUGGUACAAGAGGCAGUAUUCAUUAUACAAGUAUGAUAAAUACUAAUAGGGUAUUGGAUAAACUUUGGUUUAAAUCGAAAAGAUAUAGAAGUGAUCAUGGUGUAUUACCAUUGAAUAAAAAGAUAUUGAAAUUAAUUUAUAAGAAAUUAGAAGAAGAGGUUGAAGAAACUUCAUCUCAUAGAUUUAGAGAUCCAAAGGAUUUACAAUUUUCAUUCACUGCUAAUCAAUUCACAAGAAAGUAUAGUACUUUUCAAGUUAAACCUGGUUUCAAUAGAUUAAUACCAUUAAAAAAUGUACAAUUUCGUCAAUAUUUAAAAUUAAUAACCUCUUUAAAAUAUAAACCUAAAACAACUUGUUUAAAUGAUAACUUUGAAACAUUCAAUAAUAGAAUUUUAAAAAGAAUUGAUAAAACUUUAAAUUUUUUAUUUCCUCAAAUUUCACCUUUUGAAAAUGGUUAUUUUUUAAAUAAUAAUAAUACCAAUAUAUAA